UGAACAUUGUAUCAAUAUUAUAUUUAAAAUAUUAAACUAAUUUAAAUCAGUGCAGCUAACUGGAACACCACACAUGCAGAUCUAUACAUUGGCAGAUAAGUCAGUUUAAAACAGGUCAGGUAAAACUAGUCAAAGUACAAUAUGUCAAGGCAAUAUAAAUGCUUACUUUUUUGCAUGCUCCCUGCUGUUUCAUAGAAACAGAUUGCCACAAACAAAUAAUCCACAGUCAAGCGUAAAAUGUUUUUAAGAAUGAGAAAUGUUUGCUUCAGGGACUAAUGAUACAAAUCUAAAAUGAAUCUACAUAUCCAAACAUAUUUGGAGGAGUAGAGAGUGAAUGUCUGGAACUGGGUCAACAACAAAAAAAAAUAAAAAAAUCACCAAGAAAUAAUCAAUGUUUCCAGAUAGAUAAGGAGUACUCAAUGUGUAGACAAGGAGGGGUGGGGAGCAUACACUGUGUACACUCGCACGCUGUCGGAGCGCUAUAAAAGACGUCCUCUGUCGAGCGGAGAGACACAGCUGUUCUUCCAGGAAAGUCUGCACUCCACCAACCGGCUCAGCCUCCACAUCUACAGGACUCAAGAACCAAGAGAAAGAUGCCAAAAGCGGAGAUCACUCAAGCCCCCAAGGUGCACAAGUGCAAAAAUCAGCAUUUCACAGACAUGCAUGAUUUGCCAUGUAUUGAAAAUAUUGUGCGCUCAGUUGAUGAGACACCAGAGCCUUUGCAGACCGUCAUUCGCGGCACCAUUCCAACCUGGAUCAAAGGCAGCUUCCUUAGGAAUGGGCCAGGAAAGUUUGAAAUCGGAAAAGACAACUUCAACCACUGGUUUGACGGGAUGGCCCUGCUGCACCAGUAUAAGAUUGAGAAUGGGCAGGUGACCUACAAAAACCGCUUCCUCGACAGUGACUGCUAUAAAGCCAACAAAGAGCACGACCGUAUCGUUGUGUCGGAGUUUGGCACCCUUGCCGUGCCGGAUCCCUGCAAAAACUUCUUCCAGCGCUUUCUGUCACGCUUUGAUAUGCCAAAGCCCACCGAUAAUGCCAGUGUGAGUUUCGUCCAGUAUAAGGGAGAUUACUACGUCAGCACUGAAACCAACUUCAUGCACAAAGUGGAUCCAGAAACACUAAUGGCCACUGAGAAGGUGGACUGGAGCAAGUUUAUAGCUGUCAAUGGAGCAACAGCUCACCCACACAGUGACCCUGAUGGGACAACCUACAACAUGGGGAAUUCCUACACCGCCAAAGGAGCAUUUUACAACAUUAUUUGUGUGCCUCCUGAGAAAACCACACCAUCAGACACCCUAGAGGGCGCCAAAGUAAUCUGCUCUAUCCCGUCUGCGGACAAGACCAAACCCUCGUACUACCACAGCUUUGCGAUGACUAAGAACUAUGUGGUCUUCAUUGAGCAACCCAUUAAGAUGGACUUGCUCAAGAUCAUCACUGGUAAACUGAGGGGCAAAGGCAUCAGUGAUGCCGUGUACUGGGAUCCUAAGCAUGACACAAUCUUCCAUCUGAUCGACAAGCACACGGGCAAGCUGAGCCAUAUUGAGUACCACACCAAGCCACUGUCCACCUUCCAUCAGAUCAAUGCCUUUGAGGAGAAUGGGUUAUUGGUGAUGGACAUGUGUUGCGCUGAUGACGGCAAAGCCAUCAACAACUUCAUGGUCCAGAACCUGCGCAAGUCAGGAGAGGCCCUGGAUGAGGUUUACAACACAAUGUGCAGAGUAUUCCCCAGAAGAUUUGUGCUGCCUUUGAAUGUGAAUAGUGAGACACCUUGUGGAAAAAACUUGAACACCAGACCAGACAGCACAGCAACUGCUAUCAAGACUGCCAAAAAUCGGGUUGACUGCACACAUGAAGAUCUCCAUGGCGAUGAUCUCCAUGAAUAUGGUGGGCUAGAAUUCCCACAAAUCAACUAUGCAAAGUGCAACACCCAUCCUUACCGUUAUUUCUAUGGCUGCGGCUUCCGGCACCUGGUGGGAGACUCCCUGAUCAAAAUGGACCUGGAAGGGAAAAAAAUGAAAGUGUGGCAGAAGCCUGGCUUUUACCCCUCUGAACCAGUAUUUGUGCCAACACCUGACGCAACGGAGGAAGAUGAUGGCGUCAUUUUGUCAGUGGUCAUCACUCCAAAUGAAGACAAGGGCACAUUCCUGCUGGCCUUGGACGCCAAGUCAUUUGAGGAGUUGGGCAGAGCAGAGGUGCCCGUGAACAUCCCUUAUGGUUUCCACGGUACUUUCAACGCUACCGCUUAAACAACCCAAGACUGAAAGCAAUAACAGUGCACACAAUGCAAGCGUCUACCGUGGCAGCAAGCAAGGAAGAGGAUCAAGAACAGACUGAGCUCUGGUGAAAGUGUACCUAUUGUGUCAAAUGAGGACUCCUCUCAAAAUAGUAUUAUAAAAUCCCUUUUAGUUUCCAGAUGACUUAGCUUACUACUUCUAAGAUCCCUUAUGGAAAAUGCUUGGGUUCUUCAACUGAUUUUGUCUGCAUGACAGAAAGGUUGAUUUUCUUUGUAAAUGGAUGAUAGUUGUUCAAGUGAAGGGAUGAGACGAAUUGUAUUAUUAAAGAGAAGAAGUAGGGGGGAUAUAUUAGUUGGCUGCUUAA